AUGUCACUGAGCCUCAGAUGGAGGACCAUGUCCCUGAGCCUCAGUUGGAGGAGGAUGUCCCUGAGCCUCAGAUGGAACAUGCUGAUGAUGCUGGAUUCCCCGGAGGACCUAUGUUGAGACAUGUGUUGACACAGUAUGAGCACCACGUGGCUCGGCGGCUAUGGGAAGGAGAGGAUCGUGGACCGUUAAAGGUCAUUACUCAUGGAUUGAAGUUGAAGAAGUUUUCUGAAGUUCCUGUGCCACAUCCUGUAGAGCGUUGGAUUCGGGAAUCUGGGCUGCUACCUCUUUCUUCGGCCUACCUCACUAUGGUUGAUGCUGGUCUCGUCUCGGCAUUUAUUGAAAGAUGGCACAGGGAGACCAGCUCAUUUCAUUUGCCAUUUGGAGAGAUGACCAUUACUUUAGACGACGUAGCUACUCUCCUUCACAUAUCACCGAAUGGUAAAUUUUUUGAUGCACCUGUGAAUAUGAGUACUAAUAAUGCUGCUAGAGCUGCACAUGAGUACUUAGGUGCAACUUGGGAGGAAUCUCUAGCUGAAAUUAAUUUUAAUAAAUGUGCCCAAUAUAGAUUGCAGUGGCUGCGUGACUUAUAUAGUCGUCUCAUUCAAACUAAUCAGUUUGAGUGUGCGGCUAGAGCGUAUCUAUUGCACUUAGUUGGCAGCACCAUUUUCGCCGAUAAAACGCAUACGCGUGUGGAGGCGAAAUACAUUAGUUUAUUUAUUGAUUUAGCUCGUUGUCGACACUAUUCGUGGGCUGCCGCGGCAUUGGUUUUCGAAACUUUCAAAUACUUCUCUAAUCAAGACUCGCUGACUGCUUGGGUAUAUGACCCCACCUCAAGCAAGGCUACUUAUACGGGGAGGGUAGUGAGGACUAGUAGGAAAGUUGGGGCAGUAUUUCUUGUGAAACUCACUCGCGAGAAGAUCAAUUUUCGAGUACCUUCCGAGUUAGUGCUUGGGAUGAGUGGAGCUUGGGAAGAUGCGAAGAAUUCUUCAGUUAGAGUUGAGACGGAGGCCAAUGUGGGAGCUGAGGAUACAAUGGUUGAACUAGGGACUGGCGAAAAGGAUAAGGGGCCGAUGCCAGUGGAGCGAGAGAUUGUAGGACCAUCUAGGCGGACCGAGUCAGAGCUUCCUUUUCCGGUGAAUGAUCCCUUACCGACCGUCACUGAGUUAUUGGAUUGUUUUGAAAUUCUAGCACCGCCGAAGCCACCUAUCUCGUGGGUGGAUCUGACUUCUGGAGAGAUCGAUCCUUCUAUAGAUGUUGAUGAGGAGGAGGCUACCUCGAAGAUGGAUGCUACGUCAUACAAGACUUGUGGAGUGUGUGGAGAUCACUCAUGUUAUUGUAGUUGCUAG